AUGAUGCCGUCGCUGACACGAUUUCGUCGCACCAGGUGGGAUAGCUCGGACCCAGAGCGCGCACCUCCGCCUCUGCCGUUGAAUCCUGGGUCGCCAGUUCUUACCACACGCGCGGGCACAUCGUCGGCAAUUGCGCAGGCAGCCAAAGCGUUGGAAGAGAAGGCGCGCGAGAGCAUGCCCAUGAGCUCAUACACGACUAACCCUAUGCCUCAGAGGUCUCCCGAGCGAUCACUUAUCAAGGGGGCUCAUCACAAACGCAUGCAAUCGUUUCAGAAUACGGGCGUCAAGGAUCUACGGAGCUACCUGGACUCACACAAGUCACCCGAACGAUCUCCAGAACGACCCGCAACAAGAUCUGGAACACCUCCUCGAGAGAUGAGUAAGGAUUACUUUGGUGGUGACCUUAGCCCGUCACGUUUAGGAACCCCCACACCUUCCAGCCGGGAUGCUUUGAAGGACACACCUUCUUUGCGACCGUCGGCGCGACCGCCACACAAGGCAAUUCUAGGAGAGAAUACACCACCUUCAGCGACGAUGAUGGCUCUACAAACCAUGAACGUGCCAUCACACAUAAUGGAUCCACCUCCGCCGCUCAACAUUGACAAAACUCCAUCGAAAACGCCGCUAUCAGCUCCGCAGAACAUGGACUCAAUAUCGAAUCAGCUUCUCAGUAUUGCAACGAUCGUUUCGAAUCUCCAGAAAGAUAUGACGCAACUGAGUCGGCGAAGCAAGGACAACGCGACAGAUCUGAUCAGUCUCAAGGAAGCCACCAAUUCACGAGACGAGGAUAUUCGCAAAUCCCUAAAGGAUCUUGUCGCGACAAUGAACCACUCGCGGGACUUUUCGAGUCCUGCGGCCGAGUUGUCUCAUUCGCAAAGCAGUAUGAGCCUCAAGGACCCUCAUAUGACACCCACCAAGCAAUUCACCCUUCCGAGGAUAGCUUCCCCGAGCAGUUUUUUCUUAGACGACCGAACCGGCAGCCCCAACCCAUACUCCGUUGAAGGUGCAGCAAGCGUCGCUAUGCUCGAAAAGAUCAUCCGUGAGAUGGUUACAAAGGACGGGCAGGAGCGACUGAUCACCAACCUGCAGAAGAUCGUCGACAAUGCGAACGGGGAGACAGCGAAGAAGGUCACGGAGCUGGUGGAGUUUGUCAAGCAGAGCUCGGGCAACAAUGCCCUCGUCCGCACUACUUCGGCACCUUUUCAACCCUCCCCUGGUAUUGGCCCAUUAACACGCACAGCAUCAGAGGGUCUCUCAUUGCACAAAGUCGCCGAGGAUGGGAAGCCAUAUGCCAGCCCCAAAGCAGCCGACUUCGUCAGUGAGGAGAUGCUCAAGUUUCUGCGUAAGAUCAAGGACAGCGUCGCGGAUUCGGGUUGCGUCACGAUGGGGACGAAGACGUUGAUACAGGAGUUGAGGGGCGAAGUGCUCGGCAUGGGCCGGGACCUUGCUCGCAAGAUCGAAGAGGCCGAGCAGGCGAAGGCAGAGCAACCCAUGAUCGAAUCAGGCCAAGCGAACGAGCAGCUCAACAUCAUUGUCCAGGAGGGGCUCGCAGAUCUCAAGGAGCACAUGGACAAGGUGAUGCGCGAGCGACGUCGUCAAUCUAUCUCCUCCACCGUGACCCGGACUACUGUAGACAACAACGAGGUCUACGACGUGGUCAAACAUGCUUUGGCGGAUUACGCGCCUCAAGCCGCAAGCUUGGACCAGGAGGCUAUCCUUACAGCCAUUCGCGAGGCAUUCGAAGCCUAUAAGCCGAACAUUGACGUUGAGACCAUUGGAUUGGAGCGUGACGAAGUUUUGGAAUGUCUGCGCGAAGGACUCCAGGACUAUCGCGGGCCUGGCGCAACGAAAGAGGAGAUCGAACAAAUCGUCCAAGAAUCUCUCCAACACACAAAGCUACCUCCACCGAUCAACGAAGCACACGAGAUUCGAGAAGAGGUGAUCAUGGCUGUCCGCGAAUGUUUGGAGGAACUGAAGCCAGCAUUCGCACACAAUUCCUCUCCUGCUGUCGGCCUGUCACGGGAGUCCCUUUACGAAGUCGUCAAGGAAGCUUUGUCGAGCCACAACCCAGGAGCUCAGGAGCUUGAGAUUCCUCAAGAGAGUCUGUACGGCGCCAUGAAGGCCGUUCUUGAGUCAUCCGGGGCCACGUCUUUGCAUACGGAUGACGCUGUCAUGCAACGACUGCAAUCUCUUGUGGACGACAUGCACUCCGAAUUCCAGGCAUAUUCUUCAGCUGGUGGACGCGACACCGAGCAGGUACUGGACGCACUCCGCGACGGACUGGAUCACUUGCGUACCCAGCUGGAGAUUUACAUCGACAACAGCACACAGACUCCGCAAAAGGACGAGACUGUUGAGCACAUCCGAUGCCAACUCGAGGGUCUGCGAGGAGACUUUCAGGGUUUUAUGGAGCAAGGUCCGCGUGCCGAAGAGCCGUCACCUCAAGCAGAAACGGCAUCAUUCAUCAAGUCUGAGCUUGAGCACCUACUUGAGCAGCUUACUGAACGUUGCAGUACCACCGAAGCGCAUAAGAACGAGAUCCUCAGCGUCCUGGAAGCUGGUUUUGAGGGUAUGAAGUCGCAAGUUGCUGUGCGAGGCCUUGAUCUAGAUACGGACGAUGAGAUCAAUGAAGCGAUGAAGCAAGAAUUUGAGCAGCUCAAGGGCGUUAUCCUUGGCGAAACCUCAAUCUACAAAGACGAAAUCCUGGAGAAGGUACAGGCCGGAUUCGCUGGUAUGCAAGCUCGAUUGGAAGAAGGCACCACACCAGCUAGCACCAGCGACGAUGUCCUCACAACAAUGAAAGCAGAGUUCGAUCAUUUGCGGGAAACCCUCGGGGCUAGUCUCGUGAAAUCAGGUGGCGCGUCAGACAAGGACGACAUCAUCGAUGCGAUACGCGAACUCGUCGACGGCAUCUGCUCAUCCCAGCAGGAUGCCUCCAAGGAAAAUAUUGCCGCUAUCCAAGGAGACAUUGAGAAUCUAAAAGAAUCGCUCGGCAGCGCAUUGGUGCGUGCUGAAGAUCCUGUGGAGAAAGAGGAGCUUCUGGAAGCGCUCAAGGCUGGUCUUGAAGAGAUCAAGGUGAACUCGAAAGCAACUGGCUUCAGCGAGGAACUUCUCGAGGCGUUCCGGAGCGAACUUGAACAAGUGCGGGAAUCGAAUGGGCUAACUCGUCAGCAUGCUCGCGCCGAUGCCGAAGAAGUGCUGGAAGCUGUUCGUCUUGGUCUCGAUGACCUCCGCUCACACUUAGAAAAGAAGCUCGAUAAUCCUGAUCGACAAUUGUCAGCUACGAACGAUGUCUUGGACGCUUUGAACGAAGGGCUCGAAGGACUCCGAACCGACAUCAUCAAGGCGGUUGACAAGCCAGUUGACAUGACGGUCUCAUACGAGAUACUCGAUACUCUAAAGAGUGGCCUCGCAGGCUUGCGUGAAGACAUCGACAAGCUGAAGGGUAACAACACGACGCGCGACAUUGAAGAGGAACCAAAGCCCACCGGCAAUGAGAUCGUGCUUGCCGAGGAUCCAGAGCAGGCUCCCGCCGAAUCAGCUAGUCGAGAGAUCGUCAGCGAAGCCCUACGCCGCGGUGACCUUGAGAGAAUGGAGGUUAUGUUAUCGCAGCUCCAAGUCAAGGUAGAAGCUAUGGAUGCGAACAUCCAAACGCCGCCACCACCAGCAGAGUCCACACCAGUGCCUGGAACGGCCAUGAAAGACGAUCUUGUCAGUGUCGAGGGAUUGUUGAAAGAGAUCCAAGCAGCCAUUCUGGUACUGCAAGAGCGGGAACAACCUGCUGCUGUGGUGGAAGGUAUGGCGAUGAAAGAUGACACUGACGCCAUUGAGACGCUUCUCGGCAACAUGAAAGCGAAGAUUGAAGAGCUUUCCUUACCUGAUCCAGCAUCUAUUGUUACGAAAGAGAGCAUUGAUGAGGUUGAACUAGUUGUUCGCACCACUUCAGAGGCCAUCGAAGCAUUGGCUAGGAAGUUCGAGGAAGAAGGUGCAUCCAAGGCAGACGUCACCGUGGUUCAGGUCAUUGCCGAUGACAUCAAGUUAGUGCUGGACGAGAUGAAAGCCGGCAAGUCGGAUGACGAAGCCGACCCCAAAGCAACGAAGGCUGACGUCGAUGCGGUCACUUUGCUUGUGGAUGAGGUGAAGCUCAAGCUCGAUGAUCUGAAGAUACCCAAUCCGGAAGACCUGCCCACGAAGUCUGACCUGGAGCAGCUGACCGGCCUCUUCCAGGAUUUCCGUGACAGCUAUGACAAGAUGAAAGACCAGUAUGAGCACGACAUCGAAAUCACAGCCAAGACUGCAGACGAUCGCAAGCAAGAAGCAACAAGUCUUUCAGAAAACCUCACCGAUGUCAAGGUACUUCUUGAUGACAUGAAGGAGGACAUCAAGAAGAGCCUUUCAGAGGGUGGCCCUCUUGACGGCCUCAAGGACUCAUUCAAAAGCCUGGAGGAUAACGUCACUGGCAAUUUCAACGUGGCUACCGAUGUCAAGGAAUUGAUGGAGACGGUGGCGCGUGAAUUCGAGCGUGCUCAUGGUUCAAUCGAAGCUUUGCAGAACGACCAAACUGAGAAGUCGACUCUGAAUCUCGAAAAGCAUGAUGAGGCCAAGGAAGCCAUCAUCGCUGGCCUGGUGGAAAAGAUCGACACUCGUUUUGACACCCUCAUGGCCAAGUACGAUGACGCUCAGCUUCUCGCCGAUGAGCAAGCCAAGGUGAUGAAAGAGAAGGCCGAGGAACAAGAAAAGAUCCUCGAAAGUACCAAGACCAUGGCUGAGGAGUUGCGACUCACCAUCGAUACUCUUGGUGCCUCUAUCACCGGCAUGAACGAUCGCUUCGAAGAAGCCACCACGAAGUGGUCCACCGACUCCACUGCGAUGACCGGAAAGCUUGAUGAGUACAUGGUGAAAUUCGAAGACCAGAAGAUGGAGGACAAAACGGAGCACUCUCACACCCGUGACGAACUUAAGAAUAUCGAGAACAUAUUCAAUGGUCUCCAAGAUAACGUGACUGAAUAUCAUCCAAAGUUCAUGGUUGCUCUUCACGAGAUCGAGGCUUUGGUGAAGGCCCAUUACGAGCACUCACAGAAAGCUAAGGAGGAGUCCGAAGAACAUGCCCGAACCGCGAACGAAGAGGCCCGAACGCGCUCCGAAGAACUUCAGAAGCAUUUCGCUAGCUUGCCAGCACUCCUUCCGCCACCCCCUCCAGCGAUCGAGUUGCCCGAGAAGUAUGACGAUGCUCCCGUGCAAGAAAAGCUUGACAAGCUGCUUGCGCUGCCGGAGCCUUCCAAGUAUGACGAUGCCCCAGUACAGGAGAAGCUCGACAAGCUUCUUGAGCACGUUGACGAAGCCGCAAAGUCUACUACCCAUCUAGAGCGCCUUGAUGACAUCCACGCUCAAGUCAAAGCCACUGCUGCCGAAGUAAGCGAAUUCGUCGCCAAGCAGGCCCAGCUCGUCAUCGAUGGCAACGAAUCGAAGGAGCGUGAAGCAGAGGAGCUGGCCCUUGUUGUCGAGCGCAGAUCUGCACAGAAGGAGCAACUAGAGGCCGACGUUGAGAGUCUAAAAGCGGAGAAGGAGCGCAUGGUGCAAGAGCUGAAGGAAGAGAAAGAACGUGCUAUGGCGGAAUUGAAGGAAGAAAAGGAGCGCACGAUCGUGGAGCUAAAGGAAGAAAAAGACUCACUCCUAGCCGUUGUUGCUGCCCUUCAAGCCGAACGCGAGAACCUUGCCCACCAAAAGGUUCGCCUGACCGGAGAGGUGUCUUCAUUGCACACUGCUCUUGACAUCCGACGCGAAGAGCUGCACAUGAUGGAUGCCAAGGCAGAUGCUCUCGAACGCCGCAUCUUGAAUGGUAUCAUGGACCACUCUCGCGCCCUCAUGAUUGCCAAGAACGGACAAAAGAGUCCUUCCAAAGUCAAGAAGCGCAUGAGCGCAGAUGUCAACGCUGAUCCAAGCAAACUAAUGCCUCCUCCAAGCACAGCUGCCAAUGGUCUUUCCUUCGCUCUGAAGCCGCGGCCCGCGAUUCGUCGCAAUGGCCCACCUCAUCCGGCAAGCCGUCGUAUUUACUCCCUGGGUCAGAUCAGUGGCAACACGCCAACAGGUGCCCAAGCCUAUCCGAUCAGCGUCCCCACGAUCAACAACGCUGGAGGCCUCAAACGAGCUCACUCGGUGAAGACUAGUUCUCUGCGCAAGGGUUCCUGGGGAGGUCGGCCCAGCGCUGUGGUGGCCAACAAGGAGAACGAGGUCUUGAGCGAAGAAGAUGAAGACGCCGGAGUCCAGCCGGACCAGGCUCAUUCAAUCAUUGAAGAAGACCAGGACGAGACACAAAGCCAAACCGGCACUGAGCGUCGUCACAGCUUCGGCACAGGGUCCUACGCAGAGAGCUACGCUGACGGCGAGACGCCGGGAUACGACGGCCGUUCGGACUUUGGAGGCACAGGUAGCGAGUAUACUUAUGCAUCUGGGUCCUACAUGAGUGGCAGCGAUGUUGAUCGCCGCACUUCCUAUGGUUCUCACGCUCCUUCUGCAACUCAUCAAGAUAACGAGACCAUCGACGAGCGUAGCGAAGACGGCUCCCGUUACGAGCAAUCCGAGCAAUCCGAUGCUGAGGGCGAUGAGCCUACUGCUACCAUUGCCGCUACGGAUGUCGCCGCGCCGUCCGAAGUCACCGCUUCCGAAGUCUCGACUGCGACUGCCGGUGACGAUGUGCAUAUGCCCACAGAAUCCGAAGUCGACCGCGCUGUGGAAGCCGUCAAGGAGGAGAUGACGAAGGAGGCCAUGUGGGCACCGCCCAGUGACUCUGGCGUCGGUACCGAUCUACCAACUGCGGCCCUUGGCAAUGAGAGUGAGGCCGAUGCGGACUACUUCCGGCGUGCCGCUGAAGAGGAAAGUGUGGUUGGGUGA